AUGCUUGGAAUUUAGGGGGGUCGGCCACAGCCUCAGCUCCACACCCUCGUGAAGCCAAUAAAAAACCCUUUCUUUAAUUAGGCAUGGCUUCCGAUUAGAUACAUCAUCAACCACCACCAUACCACACCCAAAAAAGCAGAGCCCAGAACAGAACGACCCCUUUAUUUUUCAUUUUUAUUUUACUUUUCAGCUAAAAAAAAAGCUAAACAAAGACCCUGUCUUUGUUCAAUACUGUUCCCUCUGCACACUAUAAAUCUAGUAAAAAAAUCUUAAAUUCCCUCUCACAUAUCUCUCUCUAUCUCUCUCUCUCUUCUUCGAGGAAUAUCCAGAGAGCUAUAUAGCUAGCUAGCUAGUUAGCUAAACUUUUCACCUUUUUGCACCCUCUUCUCGAAAAAACACAUUUACAUAGUUUUCUCUCGUUGCCAAGCUUGCCCCAUAAUUCACGCCCUCCCAAAUCAAAUCAAAAGUUCCAUUAGAAGUUUCCCAAGCUUUCUCCUUUACCUAUAUACACAAAAGUUACAGCACCCCUUUUCAUAUCUUCUUCACUUUUGUGUUUGGCAUUUUUCUAGCUCAGAGCAAAAUGGACACAACCCAUCAUGAUUAUAUAAGAAAGAGUGGGCAAAUACCAGCAUUUGGGGACUGGGAUUAUGCAAACGAGUUACCAAUAACUCAGUACUUCGAGUGUGCCAGACAAGCUGGUUUGAUUCGGUAUAGUUCUUCUUCUGGUGACAGUGAUCCAGUACACGCUCGUGCACCUCAUGACUUGUACGCCGUCGUCGACCAUUAUCCCCAGAAGCCUUCUCGCACAGCUACUGCUCAAACUCACCAACCUCGAAAGGGAAGAGGAAUUAGAGAAAAGCGAUUCACCCAUGUUAAGGAGCAGAAAAAGCAACAAUCUAAGGUAUGUGACGUGACUGAUCAGCCACGAAAGCCUUCUUCAAAGUCUCAUAAUAAUGGUCACCACCACCACUACAAAGCUACCGACGACCAGGGCCACCUAAACGACGCCGUUCAACGCCGUCCAGCAAAGCUUCCAAAGCCAGUUGAUGAAGAUCUAUACAAGAUCCCUCCUGAGCUUCUCUACUCGUCCAAGAGGAAGAGAAGGCUUGGAAUAUUUUCAAGAUGCUUGGUACCUGCCUGCCAUUCAUGAAAUCAAAUUACCUAUAAGAGGAAAAUGUAUUAGUGCUCAUCUUUGCCAACUUUUGUUCCCAUUAGGGAUUUUUUAAGUAUAGGAAAUUAAUUAUAUGUUAAUGGCAUUUUGACAAUUUCUUUUUAUACCUAUCUGUUUAAAGAAGGGUGUAUGUAAUUAAGUGUUUUAUUAUAUUAUGAGUUCAUGUUUUAUAAAAUUAGCUUUUGAUAUUAUCAUUUU